AAAAAAAAAAGUUUUGUAUCAAUACGCAGUCACUAUAGCAACCGUUUAUAGGGAACUACUUUCGGAAGUCUAUCGAAAGUGACCAAAGCUGGCGGGAUUGCCGGCUUAAUCCAAAAUAUCAUUUACUAUUACAUCUUUUUGUUUAGUCGUCCAUCAAUGUGCCAUUGAUUACGCGUAAUACACUACGGUAUAUAUAAGAAAAAAUAAAAAUAAUCUGUUGUCAAGCGAAUUAUUUAGCUUAAAUAAUGCUUCAUCGUGAUCGAGAUCAAGGCAGAGGCCGGGGUAAUGGAAAUAACAGAAAUGACCGUGGUUCUAAUGAUAAUAACAAUUAUGGCAACAAUCGAUUCAUUGGUCGUGGAGGCAAUAACAGCGGAGGAGUAAAAGGCAAAAUACCCGGGAGUGCCUUAAAGAAAUUAAGCUGGGAUAUAACGUCUUUAGAACCAGUGAAAAAAGAUUUUUACGUUGAACAUCCAUCUGUAACAAGGAGAUCACCUGAUGAAAUAAAUAAAUUUCGUCAGACUGCUGAGAUAACUGUAAAAGGAAACAAUGUUCCCAAUCCAAUUCAGCACUUUCAGGAGGGUAAUUUUCCUCCCUACAUUAUGGAAGGAAUUAAAAAACAAGGAUUUACACAACCAACAGCUAUUCAAUCUCAAGGAUGGCCUAUUGCUCUCAGUGGUCGAGAUCUUGUUGCAAUCGCUCAAACAGGAUCAGGAAAAACCUUAGGAUACAUUUUACCUGCGAUUGUCCACAUUAUUCAUCAACCUCAGUUAAAUCCUGGAGAUGGACCAAUAGCUUUAAUUCUAGCACCAACUCGAGAAUUAGCUCAACAAAUUCAAGAAGUAGCUAAUUAUUUUUCCGAAACAGCGUCAGUAAGAAAUACAUGCAUAUUUGGUGGGGCACCCAAAGGACCUCAAGUUAAUGAUCUUGAACGUGGUGUUGAGAUAUGUAUUGCUACACCUGGAAGAUUGAUUGAUUUUCUUGAACGUGAAACAAUAAAUUUACGUCGAUGCACUUAUUUAGUACUUGAUGAAGCAGACAGAAUGUUAGACAUGGGAUUUGAACCACAAAUACGUAAAAUAAUUGAACAAAUUCGACCUGACCGUCAGAUUCUUAUGUGGUCAGCAACAUGGCCAAAAGAAGUUCGUGCUUUGGCUGAAGAUUUUUUGACUAAUUAUACUCAAUUAAAUAUUGGGUCAUUGACAUUGUCUGCCAACCAUAAUAUUAUUCAGAUAAUUGAUGUUUGCCAAGAAUUUGAAAAAGAUAUUAAACUACAGCGUUUGUUACAAGAAAUUGGUACUGAGAAAGAAAAUAAAACAAUUAUUUUCGUUGAAACCAAACGUAAAGUUGAUGAUAUUACAAGAAAUAUAAGAAGAGAUGGAUGGAUGGCUUUAAGUAUUCAUGGUGACAAAAAUCAACAUGAGAGAGAUCAUGUUUUACAGGAGUUCCGAAGUGGACGAGCACCAAUACUCGUAGCGACUGAUGUAGCAGCUCGUGGUUUAGAUGUUGACGACGUAAAAUACGUUAUUAAUUUUGAUUAUCCAUCAUCAUCGGAAGAUUAUAUUCAUCGUAUUGGACGUACUGGUCGAAGACGUCAGAUAGGGACAGCAUAUGCAUUUUUUACAACACACAAUAUGAAACAUGCUGAAGAUUUAAUUGCAGUAUUACGUGAAGCUGGUCAAAACAUAAAUCCACGUCUCAGUGAAAUGGCAGAACUUGCUAAGUCUGCAAACCUCGCUGGCAAAGGUGCUAAAAAAUACGGUGCUCAAAUUCCAAGAGUUAAUGAAAGAAUGGAUAAUAGACGCCCGGGUAAUUAUGAAAAUAAUGGAAAAGGCCGAGGCAGUAAUAAUAAUAACAAUAACUACCGAGGUGGAAUGUCUUAUCAAUCUGGUAAUAAUUCUUAUCCAGGAUCAAAUUAUAAUAAUCAAUCUACGAAACAAUCAUCUGGUCAAAAUUAUUCGUAUGGUUAUAAUACACAAAGAAACUACGUACAAAAUAAUCCUGCUUAUCAUAACAAUGACACUGGAUACGAUUGCAAUUUUUCAGCACCAAAUUCUUAUUAAAAAAACAAAAAAAAAAGAAAGACAUAUAGAUAA